GACAGACUUUCAUCCGUGCCUUUCACUCAGUGCCUUGAGUCGGGAGUUGUUGGGGUAUUUCAGUUUUUAGUCUGGACAGAAAUGGCGGGUUCGGCGAGGCAGCUGACCUCUUUUUUCAUAGAAGAUAUCCUCUCAAUGAAAGAUGAGACACGACGAACCUCCGAUUACUCUGGAGUAGAACUAAGUGAAGACACAACUGGAUGGAAAUCAGAGCAACUUGACGAAGACUGCCUGUCGCAUUCGCCACACUCUACAGAAUCUAUCGGGACCAAUGGCUCCAACUCUGCAACCACGGACAGCACGAGCGCGCUCGGCAAACACAAGCGCUCGCGGGCAGCCUUCACGCACCUGCAAGUUCUGGAGCUCGAGAAGAAGUUCAACCACCAGAAGUAUUUGUCGGCGCCAGAGAGAGCUCACCUCGCCAGCAGCCUCAGGCUGACGGAGACCCAGGUCAAAAUAUGGUUCCAAAACCGCAGGUACAAAACCAAACGGAAGCAGCUCGCUUCGGAAUAUGGGAAAGACUGUUUUCAAAAGCCAGAGGGACUUCCUUUUUCUGUCACGGAAGAAGACCUGCGCCGGGCGUCACUUUUGGCCACUGUCUACAAAGCCUAUCCUCACCAGCCGUAUCGGCCGUACAGCUAUGAUUUGAAUGGAUUUGCCAUGAGUGGGGUGUGGAGGCCGGCUGUGUGGUGAUGGCAAAAGACUGAUGUUGGACAAUUUGAGUGUUUCCUUUUGUCCUAUUGGACAGACGCUUGUUAAGAGUAUUGUUUGCCUGGUGUAUAUUAUAUUAACAAUUAAACAUAUAUUUUCAGUA